AUGAAGACUGAUGUAUUUCCACCUAAAGGAAUACCGCACCAACCACAAGAAGUCCUCCGCAUAGCAAAAGAAUUAUUGAAGAAGAAGAGAUCUCAAAUAAAGGACAUCAAAUUCAUGUGGAGAGAUCUUGAAGUCUUGGGCGAAGCAACCAAUGCCCUAGGAAAGAGGAAGACUCAAGACGGAGACACAGGGACUACAGGCAUUAUGAUUAAACGAAGAAGAGCAGAUCCAGUCAGCAUUAAGAUCUGUGGAGACCUGGCUAAAUCGUUUGAUAUGGUUCCAAAAGUAGUGGAGGACCUUAAAUCUCUCAUAAAGGCGCCACUCGCCUGUAAGUUGCCUGUGUCUGUCAACGUUGGAUCGAAAGCCCUUAGUAGUCCGGACUUAAUUUGUCGACUAAAGAGAGCGAUGGUGUUCAAAGGGGAGGAAAAAGCUGGUGUAGAAGAUCUUAACCUCGCCCUUAAAGGGUUUAAAGAUAAGUUCCACCGAAUGGAUCCGGCUAUAUUCGGUGAGAUCGUGCUACGCAGUGGUUGGAAUAAAUUGCGGUUCUACGCAAUUCUUGAGGUCUAA